CAAAUUUUAUUUUAGAGAUUCUCUCUUCCCUCCUUUCCAAUGACAAUCUGUCACUAACAAGAACUCCUUCCCUCCUUAACAUGCACGCGCAUGGUCUUCUUUUUUAAAGCGUCUAAAAACAUUUUUCAUUUUCUCUCUCCUAUAAUUUUGUUCUUCUUCGCAAAAACUAUAUUCCUAAAUCCUAACCCACAAAAUCAAUUACACCUUUUGUCUUCUUUUUCCAAUUUUUUGUUUUUGUUUCUUUUUUGCUAUAGAACAAACAAACACAACUCCAAAACCAAAACCUAAAAACAAAAUGUAUAAUUGGGAGAAAUCCAAAUCCAAAUCCAAAAACAAGUAUGCUCAUGAAUAUGAUCCCAAAAACCCAACAUUGUCAUCCUCUUUUCUGAACAAAUUCAAUAAACCCCUGAAAACCCACCGUUCAAAAACGUCCCAAAAUCUUGUAUCAGACCGUCUCACAAAAACACACCCAGAUGAAGAUUUCUUCAAACGGGCAACCGACACGAAAAACAGAGGAUCGUCAACAACAACAACAACAACAACAACAACAACACUGGAGGAUGAGAAAAUGUCGAGUCUUAGAAGGGCGUGUUUGGUGGAGAAAUGGAUGGAGAAGAAAGUGAGUGACAAAGUCAUUUCUCGAGGAGAGAGAAAAUCAAGCUCAAGAUCAUCAUCAACUACUUUACUUGAAGAAUUUGAUUUACAUGACGCUUUGUUUUGCAGCACUACUACAACCUCAACCUCAUCUUCUCCAUCAGAAACAGAGUACUCUGUUUAUUCACACCAAAAACAAAAACCUCGAGUCACUUGUUUUGCUCCUCCGAGGCCAAAACCAAUUAAAACACGAACAAUUGAAUCCAAGUUUAUCAAUCAACUCAAAAAAGACAAAGAGAAGGAAGAAGAGUCCACCAGUAGCAGAUCAAGGGCAGCUAGUUUUUACUCCAGUAUCAAGAAUUUAAAGCAACCCAUUUCACCUGGGGUGAAAUUAACGAGCUUUAUCAACUCACUGUUCGCGAAAGAUGGUAAAAACAGUAAGAAGAAAUGUAGCAAUCUUGCAAAACACAACAUAAAAACAGAUGAAGAAGAAGAAGCAUUCCCGUAUUCGUGUUCCUCUGCGACGUCGUUUUCACGGUCGUGUUUGAGUAAGAACAAGAAAUUUCAAGACGAAGGGGAUAAACGGACGGUAAGAUUUUGUCCUGUAAGUGUUCUUGUUGAUGAUGAUUCUCAAGCUUGUGGGUAUAAAUCAUUGCGAGAAGAGAAAGGAGAUCGUUUAUUGAACUCGAAUUUUGGGAGAUCUUUGUCGAAAAGGUAUGAAGAAUUGAGGAAAUUGAAUGGCUUGGAGAGAGACAGUGGUGAUAAAUUGCAGCAACAGAAGAAACUUGAAGAAGUUGCUUUGGAUUUAUUGAGUGGUUAUUGGGAUGCUCGAUUGAGUAAAUCCAAUGAUUUCACAAGUAAAAAUAAGGUUAAUUACGAUGAUUACGGUGUUAAUCACGGCGUAAAUUAUGAUCUAAAUGAUGAAGAAGAUGAGGUUGAUGAUGAUGGGUUUAGUUGUUCGAGUUCAGAUUUGUUUGAGUUAGAUCAUCUUUCAUUAAUUGGGGAUGAACUCCCUGUUUAUGAGACUACUCAAUUUGAUUGAUACCUAACUUAUGUAAUUAUUUUGUUUUUAUUAUUAUUUACUGAAAAAUGAGACAAAAAUAACUCGAGUAUAAGUGUUUUUUUUUUUAUUAAUUCGCUUAUUUGUCCAUAUUUCUUUUAUGUUGGUUGUAUGGUAAAAAACAUUUUUUCGUCCUACUAUCAUAAAUGUGAACUAAUCUCAUUUUCUUGAA